GCCUCUCCCCGCCGCAGUGGGAGGAAGUUGAACCACAAAGCAAGCAGUGCUGCCACUGUGCUAGCAAAAAAAAUACAGAAAAUACACCGAGGAAGAAGAGGGACUUCAACUGAAAACAUGUGCCAUAUUGGAGCUGGGAAACGAACAGCAUAACCGAAAAGGAGCGGGCAGUAUCGGCUGGCGAAACGCUCCAAGGAGGCAGCGGACGGAGCUACGUUACGUAGCCGGACUUUGUGCUCUCCAGCCCGGGUAGCCUGGCAGGCAGGAGUCGCUCGGAUCUGGCUGCUCGGCUCCCCUCGUUUUUAAUUUGAGAUAUCGACCUGCGUGUGGUCGAUAUACGAGAAAUACCCACCAGCACAUUGUCGUGUUACGUGCGUAACGCAACAUAUGGUGGUUAAAUGUGUUGUCGUAUCAUUUAAUAACAGUUUACGCCGAAGAGGAAAAAGUUUAACAAGCUAAAGAAGUAAACCGCCGGAGCCGAUUUCCAUCUCCCGGCGCUCCCUCCCCCCUCCACCCCGAUCAGCGUCACCAUCAGCCCACAGUCAGUCGCUCUGUGCUGGGUCUCCAGGCAAGGAGGUUCCCCCCUAUACUCGGGGUAACUCAGCAACAAACUAUGGAUUAUCGUGUGCGAUUUCAUCUUGGUUUUUAAAGCCGUUGGACUCUCUUUUUAUGCCGUUUUUUGUUGGUGUCGGAAACGCUGCAAGACUUCCCUAAAUACGAGCUGACUCGCCGCCGUUAGCUUAUUAACUAAGUCUGAAACCAAGCCAGUGUUGCAGUGUUAAGUCCGCCAAGCUAGUGCGUCUGUUAGCUGCUGGCAACGAGGGUAUUUGUAUGCAUCUGCUGAAGUGAAUUAAUCUAAACUAGAUGCAUAGAUUGAUUGACUCGUAUUCGAUAGUUAGCCUACUGGCUAGCAGGUUUCGUAUCGCUAGCUAGCGCGGCGGCUAACUAGCGGACUGAACCCAAAAUAUCGAUAUUCCCAGCAGGCUAGAACUAGUUAGCUUCGUGGAUUUGGCUUGUGAUUAGUGAAUGACACCCAUUAGCUCAGGCUCAACCUCUUAAGGUGUUUAAAUUACAUCUUUUUGGGCGAAUUUUGUCUGUGUGUGAUUGAUUUGAGGAACGUUAGACAGGAAGCGAGGCAGCAACAUCAACAACAGCGGUGUGAGAUUUUUAUGGAGCCCUGCAGCUCCUCUUUAACCUGUGCUCGUGUUGGGCUUAUUUGUGCCAAAACGCGUAUUUACAGAUGUGCAUUUUGUCGGUGCAUCAGUUGAGUUUUUCCAGGAGGACGAAGAAGCAUCUUGAUGAUACACAUUUCAACCUGUCGCAUCCCUCCUUUAUCUUCAUCCCCCUUUUGUCGAUGGACGUUUGAGACGAAGAGAACUACACGUGUCCCUGCUGCUUUAUCGCUGGAUUUCUAACACACAGAAGGAGACAAGUCACACUGUCACUCUGCAGCCACUCCACUUAAAUUACAACUUUUAUUUUUUCACGACAGCACAGUGUUUACAUUUUAACAGGGUGGGGGGGGGAAAAGCCCCUAAAACACAUGCCAACCACUGGAGACAAACCAGUCGUGUGGACACAUUUCAAUCAAUAGGGACCAAAGGACAGUCCCCCCUGUAGGAUUUGACAGCUGCCGUCUUCCAGCUUCAGCAUCUGGUGCGUUAUACCCAAUCUCUGUGAGACAUAUCACAUUGCAUUUUCCCGUUUUUUUUUUUUUGCACUAAAUGGGAUUACAAGGACGGUGAUUUAGCGGCCCUGCUGCUGACUAUAUUCCUCCAGCAACCUGUCACCCAAUGUCUCGCCUUCUGAAUUUCCCCUUUUCUGUCCCAGUGAUGGUAGUUUAGAGGGCGAAGUGUGUGGACUACAGCCCGGCGACAGCGACACGAUACCAGUCGAUGGUCAGCUCCCCCGCUGUCACGCACCUUUGGCGCUUGAUGUUGGUCAUAUCUGGCGGAGGAACAUUGCUUUUUUUUAAUUCCCUAAAAUAAAAAAGAAGCCCCCCACCCCCCUACACAUCCAGCCCCGGUUAUUUUAUUGAUUUGGUCCUCCCAGGGUCGAAAGAUGGCGGACCUCGAAGCAGUGCUCGCCGAUGUCAGUUAUUUGAUGGCGAUGGAGAAGAGCAAAUCGACUCCAGCGGCCCGGGCGAGUAAGAAAAUCAUCCUGCCUGAACCCAGUAUUCGCAGUGUGAUGCAGAAGUACCUCGAGGAGAGAGACGAACUGGCAUUUGACAAAAUUUUCAACCAGAAAAUUGGCUUCCUGCUGUUCAAGGACUUCUGUUUGAAUGAGAUCGACGAGGCCGUGCCGCAGCUCAAGUUCUACGAAGAAAUUAAGGACUACGAGAAGCUGGACUCGGAGGAGGAGCGGUUAAUCCGCAGCCGGCAGAUUUACGACGGCUACAUCAUGAAGGAGCUGCUGUCCUGUUCACAUCCCUUCUCGAAGACGGCGGUGGACCACGUGCAGAGUCACUUAGCCAAGAAACAGGUUCCCCCGACUCUCUUCCAGCCAUACAUAGUGGAGAUCUGCGACAGCUUGAGGGGGACGAUCUUCCAGAAGUACAUUGAGAGUGACAAAUUUACCCGUUUUUGCCAGUGGAAGAACGUGGAGCUCAACAUCCACCUGACCAUGAACGACUUCAGCGUGCAUCGGAUCAUCGGCAGGGGCGGCUUCGGAGAGGUGUACGGCUGCAGGAAGGCCGACACGGGCAAGAUGUAUGCCAUGAAGUGCUUGGACAAGAAGAGGAUCAAGAUGAAGCAAGGCGAGACUCUAGCGCUCAAUGAGAGAAUCAUGCUGUCGCUAGUCAGCACGGGGGACUGCCCGUUCAUCGUGUGCAUGACGUACGCCUUCCACACCCCCGACAAGCUCUGCUUCAUCCUGGACCUCAUGAACGGGGGCGACCUGCACUACCACCUGUCCCAGCACGGUGUGUUCAGCGAGAAAGAGAUGCGUUUCUACGCCGCCGAAAUCAUCCUGGGCCUGGAGCACAUGCACAACCGCUUCGUCGUCUACAGAGACCUCAAGCCAGCUAAUAUCCUGUUGGAUGAACACGGCCAUGUUCGUAUCUCCGACCUGGGCCUGGCCUGCGACUUCUCCAAGAAGAAACCCCACGCCAGCGUGGGAACGCAUGGCUACAUGGCUCCGGAGGUCCUUCAGAAGGGGACGGCGUACGACAGCAGCGCCGACUGGUUCUCUUUAGGCUGCAUGCUCUUCAAACUCCUCCGAGGGCACAGUCCCUUCAGACAGCACAAGACCAAAGACAAACAUGAGAUUGACCGCAUGACGCUCACCAUGAAUGUGGAGCUGCCGGACUCUUUCACCGCAGAGCUCAAAGACCUGCUGGAGGGGCUGCUGCAGAGAGACGUAUCCAAGAGGCUCGGCUGUCAGGGCCGAGGAGCCCCGGAGGUGAAGGAGCAUCAGUUCUUCAAAGGCAUCGACUGGCAGCAGGUGUACCUCCAGAAGUACUCUCCUCCUCUAAUUCCUCCCCGGGGCGAGGUGAACGCCGCCGACGCUUUCGACAUCGGCUCCUUUGAUGAAGAGGACACCAAGGGCAUCAAGCUGCUGGACAGCGACCAGGAGCUGUACAAGAACUUCCCUCUGGUGAUCUCAGAGCGCUGGCAGCAGGAGGUGGCGGAGACGGUCUACGAGGCGGUCAACUCGGACACGGACAAGAACGAGGCGCGCAAGAGGGCCAAGAACAAGCAGCUGGGCCACGAGGAGGACUACGCCUUCGGAAAGGACUGCAUAAUGCACGGCUACAUGCUGAAGCUGGGGAACCCGUUCCUGACCCAGUGGCAGCGCCGGUACUUCUACCUGUUCCCCAACCGUGUGGAGUGGAGGGGAGAGGGCGAGUCACGGCAAAACCUGCUGACGAUGGAGCAGAUUGUGACAGUGGAGGAAACGCAGAUUAAAGACAAGAAAUGCAUCCUGCUGCGCAUCAAGGGAGGCAAGCAGUUUGUGCUGCAGUGUGAGAGUGAUCCAGAAUUCGUGCAGUGGAAGAAAGAGCUGACCGAAGCGUUCACAGAAGCCCAGAAGCUGCUUCGCCGCGCCCCCAAAGUGAUCGGGAAAGGCCGGGCCGGAGUGGUGGAGCUCUCCAAACCUCCGCUCACACACCGCAAUAGCAAUGGCCUGUGAAUACACACACGCACACACAUUUACACACACACACACACAUUUACACAUCUUUACACAGACACACACACACACACACACACACACACACUGCAUCCCAUCCUCACAUCCUCAUCAGCUGCAGGACAUUCGCCCUAACAGCCCUCCCUGCAACACCUUGCAGUGUAUAAGGACCAUUCCAACAAGCCUCUUAUCGACCACGCACGCACACACACACACACACACACACACACACACACACACAUACACACACGACGACGACCAAUCAUAAGCGCUACAUAGUUUUUGCGUCUGCCACGGGACCAUGCCAGUUCACCGAGAGGAAGAAAGAAAUAUUGGGGGAGGACUUGGCGUGUGAAGGACCUCUGCAUGAAUGUGACGAGGACUAACGCCCGGUCCUCUCUGUUCCCCGGCUUUCUCUUUUUCUCCCCUCCCUCCCUCCCUCCCUUCGCCUGUACACACUCUCUCUCUCUCUCUCUCUCUCUCUCUGUCUGUCUCUCUCUCUCUCUGAGACUUUAGCGGGGAAUGUAUUUCUGCGAGAGGAAAAACACAGUCCGCUCUCAUCCCCUCCCUCCCUCCCUCCCCGUUACUGAAGUGCAACGAAAAAAAGUGCCAACAUCAAUAUGAACUUGAGUCGCCGGAGCGCCCCCGGAGACGGGGGAGAGAGCGGCUUCUCGGCGCCCCCCCCCCCCCCACCAUACGCCCGAGGUGGGCGGUGGGGCGUCUGUGGGCGGAGAGCGUGGAGGUCGGUUGAUCAUUCCAGUGCAGACAACAGGAAGUACAAGGACCACAGACUCUUUUCAGAGAGACUGAGAUUCCAAUUGGCUGCCAAAAACGGCGCCCGUUUGCUAUGAGAACCACGGACAACGGUGUAACGACGGCGUGUGAAGGAUACACUUGCAGGAAGAAAAAAAACAAAAAGAGAGACCGAGGAGGAGGAGGAGGAGGAGGAAGAAGAAGAGGAGGAGGAGGAGGAGGGGACUCUUGAGUGUAAAUAAGAAAACCCUUUUGGCUCUCUCUGUGCAUCUCCAGUGUUUUAGUCCAACGUGUUUGCAUUAUCGCGGACUCCUCUGUCCGUCCUGUUUGUGAAUCUGUCCUGGCUUUAGAGGGAGGAGAGGGGGGCGUGUUUUGUCUGCCGGUCGGCUGGGGGUGGGGUUGGGGUGGGGGGGGGGGUUUGGGGUUGUGGACAGGCAUGAGUGUAACGGUCUUUGAAUCAGCUCACAGCGCUGCGUCUUACCGAACGGCGUCCCCUGUGAAUGAGGAUGUCGCGCUCUGUGCACGCACGGUUUCCCGCGUCGGACGCCACGCGACAACUUCAUCGUCACGCGCAGUCACCCUCGGUAGCUUUUACAAUUCUCUGCUGUUAAAUGAAGACGAGCUGACCGCUAAUCAAAGGAAAAAAAAAAUCCACCCUUAAACGCACCGGACACACGUUUUCACGGAGGCAUUUUUAUAUCCCGCGUCAUCUCUCCGACGUUUGAGGCAUUUCAGGUGCUCGUGUUUUUUUUCUCCAUUAUGAUGAAGGGUUGACAUUUUGUUUUGUUUUUGCACUCAUUACCGCGCCCUGCCUCAUCUGCACGUAGUUCUGCACGGGUUUAGUUGGCCUGCAUUUCCCAGAAUGCCUUUGAAAGAGCCAUGAAGGGGAACACUCGCGCCGCAUUCCAAAUCGCAUACUUCGUUCUGUUUUUUUUUUUAAAAAUGUUUUAGUAAAUACCGCAGCUGCCCUUACAAAGUACGUACAUACAACUCUGUCACCACUUUGACGUCGCGCAACGAUCCGCCGCACAUUUUCACAUGACGAAAUCUUUCGCCGCACAGAGGAUUGUGGGUAAAAGACAAAUCCCGCUGGAUGCAUACUGUAAAACGUGGCCAGAUGCAGUCAGACAUCCUGGCAUUUUUGGCAUACUGCAUUGGGACAUACAUGAAUAGAUAUUUGUUUUUCUGACAAACUAAAUAUUUUGGUGGUAUAGGUAACGCAGGCCUCCAGGUGGCAAAAACAGCAAAUAGUGAAGAUGUUUUUUUAUUCCACGAAGAAACAAGUUAAGUUGCAAAAUCUUAAGUUGAGUAGGGCUGCAAGUAAUCGAUUCAUCUCAUGAUUAUUUUUCUCAAUUGAUAAUUUGGUCUAUAAAAAAAGUUACAAAGUUACAGUCUUCGGUUACACUUUACUCAAAGGUAUCUACAUAACUUAACCAUAACUUAACCAUAACUUAACCAUAACUUAUUAUGACAAAAACCGAAUGACACUUACUAAAAGUUCCGUCAUAAACAUUUAUGACUUGUUUAUAAUGCUUAUGACACGUUCAUGACAGUGUCACGUCACUCUUACGUAGAUACCUUCAAGUAAAGUGUAACCCCCAAAAGAAGUGACAAAGUUCAAAUCCCUUUCAGUCUUCUCAUAGUUUUUCAUUCGACCAAAAUGUCCAACGUGACAAUAAAAGCAUCCAUCCAUCUCACACGUGAGAAGCUGAAAAUUUUGAGAUUAUCGCUUUGAAAAGUGACUGAAACGAGGCGUACGGUUUCGCACGGUUCUAAACGACGGCGUAAAGCGGCGUCUCUAACCGUGGCGGGACGCCGGUGUGACAGCGCUCCUGUAUCGGCGGGGAGGAAAAAAAGACAACCGUGCAUCAGCAGAGUCUUCGUCUUUUCUCCCGGUAAAAGUGUUUCAGGGUGGAGUUUUUUUCUCGAAGUCUUAUUCCGUAACUUUUUGGUCCUAAAUGUGACACACAGUUCAGUUUUUUUUUUUUUUUUUAAAUCGGGGCUUUUGUACGAUUUUUAUUUUCGCCGGGCGUCGCGGGAAGUUUGUACAGAAAACGCACGCAAUCGUAUCGUGUUAACGGAACACGCGGCGGGCCGGAGAGAAAGCGCUUUUAAUUGUCGGAUACAUGAAUUAAUUUCAGGGUUUUUAAUUUAAAAUUUUUGACGUGCAAGUACAGCGUCCUCGUCUGUGACGUCUACGCGUUCUCCAGAGCUGUGACGUGUGACCUGCAGUAGGAAUAAAAGAGGAGGAGGGGUGAUUCGGGGGUGCAUUGUGAUUUUAUGUUUUCCUUCUUCGUAGCCUUUAAGCAGUCGGGGGGGAUGGGGAGGAAGGGGAGGAAGGGGGGGGGUAGAUGUUAUCGUCUUAUUGAGAAAUCCGGUCACCUCUCAAGGUGUCUUUUUAUUUUUGUAAACCAAAAUGGUUUUUAUUGUUUUCAUUGAAACGUUAUAUUGUUGCACCUUUUUUUUUUAUUUUUUUUUUUUGAAGCCCAAAAUGUGUUACUUAAUAGUUGUUAAAUGUGCCAAAUAACUGUUGCUGAUUGAGUGGGGAACCAAUGGGAAGCCUCCUUUUGUUUUGUUUUUUUAAACCCUUCUCACAACACACACACACACACACACACACACACACUCGAGUUCACACGUAAACUUUGUGGCGUCGAGUCUUUAAAGGGUGCAAAACUGUGACCAAACAUUUUUUUCCUGUGUGUGUGUGUGUGUGUGUGUGUGUGUGUGUGUGUGUGUGUGUGUGUGCGCGCGCUCUGGCUUUCCACCACGCUGCCAUAGGGACUCCGGACAAAAAGCAUCCAGCGCUACUUCUCCACUUCCCACUGUACGUGCGUCCUGUGAGUGUGCGUGAGCUUCAUUAUAUUAUUAUCUCUCCGUAUGUUCACGCUGCGGCCGUUCACACGGAAUUCUCCGGCUCAAAAAGCCGCGCUCGACACGAGAGCUGAUUUUUUUUUUUUUUUGUUUGUUUAUUUUUUUCAAAAAGGAUGGCAUAUAGGAAAAAAAACAAUUCAAAGUAUAUAUAAAUAUAUGUGUAUAUGAAAUGACAAAAAAUGCUCUAGGUUUAUUUAAAAAAAAAAAAAAAUGUAAUGUAGAAAAUCAAAAUGAACUUGUUUCCAGGGGAGGUUCGGGUUUUUUUUUUUUGUUUUUUGUUUUUUUUUGAUGUGAGUAUAAUUGUUUGUGGUGAAGACUUCAGCUCAAAAUCUUGCACAUAAAAGACUUUAGAUAUUGUACCUGCGAGUUCCAGAUGAUUAUUUUUGUUUAAAUACAGGACUCUUUGCUCUUUCAUAUUUAUUGCGUGCGCGGGGGAGCUCUCUCGCUCCGUCUCCCCUCCACGUUUGGAGCUCUCCGCCGAGAGCUCGCUGUAGAAAAAUCCUCCGGUUUACACCCAUCAGAAACUUCUUUUUGUUGAGUAUUUUUUUUUGCAUAUGCCACAGACAAACACAAAUACUACUGGCUUUUGGGUUAUUAUUGCCAUUACGGUUCUGAUAAUACUGAUAUAUAAUUGAUAAUAUUAUUCAAUGAUUCUUAUUAAAUUUAUUUUGUUUCAAUGAUUUUUUUUUGUUGUUUUGGUUUUAUGGUUUUGGAGACAGGUAGGACGUCGCGUGUUGGACUGCUUGUAAAAACAGUUCAUGAAUAAAAAUUCCUUUUUCCGUGUU